CCAGGCAGCAGGCAUCGCUGUAAUUCUUGUCACAACCUCACUGCCUAUUUCAUGGAAGUGCAUGCAAGGGCUGACUCGUCCCCGGGCCGCGAGGGUGUCCAGAGAGUAGUGGGCGAGCCCAGCCUGCCUUUCCUGGGCACCCUCGAUCGCUGAAACACUCCUGGCGCCUUUGCGCAAAAGUGUUUGGGUAAGGUCAGGUGGUCAGUCACAUGAGUGAUUUAAAGUUGUUACCUAGGGAGAGAAAUGGGGAACUCAACGACUGGCUUUCAGAGGUGGGCUGGAAACUACAAAACUGAGCUUCCUGGGAAUGUCUUUUAGGCUAACAGGAAGUGGAGCGUCACCGAAAGGGAGGGGCGUCCACUUGGGGACUGUCCCCUGCUCCAGGCGCUCACUUUGCGGGCGGCGCUUUUUCCCGGGUAUCAUUCCACCGAAUGGGGCAGGGUCGUUGCAAGCCGCUUGAUUUAGAAAAAAGAAAAACAGAUAGGAGCAAGCGAGACGCCCCUUCCAUUUUAGGAUAACCAGGCUGCUAGCAAAUAAAUCGCCUGGUCCCACUGCAAUCUUCUGCACUGAAGUGCCCAGAGAGCCUGUUCUGAUCAAUUGCUCAAGCCACAAAGAAAUUUUUUUAAAAGUUAUGAAACAAUGAGGUGUUGUCACAUCUGCAAACUUCCCGGGAGAGUCAUGGGGAUCCGAGUGCUUCGUUUCUCUUUGGUGGUCAUCCUUGUGUUAUUACUGGUAGCUGGGGCUUUGACCACUUUGCUUCCCAAUAUCAAAGAAGACAAGAUGCUCAUGUUGCGUAGGGAAAUGAAAUCCCAGGGCAAGUCCACCCUGGACUCCUUUACUCUCAUAAUGCAGACGUAUAACAGAACAGAUCUCUUAUUGAGGCUUUUAAAUCAUUAUCAAGCAGUACCACACCUGCACAAAGUGAUUGUGGUAUGGAACAAUAUUGGGGAGAAGGUACCAGAUGAGUUAUGGAAUUCUCUAGGGCCUCACCCUGUCCCUGUGAUCUUCAAAGUACAAACGGCAAACAAGAUGAGAAACCGACUUCAGGUCUUUUCUGAAGUGGAAACCAAUGCGGUGUUAAUGGUGGACGAUGACACUCUCAUUAGUGCCCAGGACCUUGAUUUUGCCUUCUCCGUUUGGCAGCAAUUUCCAGAACAAAUUGUCGGGUUUGUUCCUAGAAAGCAUGUUUCUACAUCAGGUAUCUACAGUUAUGGCGGUUUUGAACUACAGACAGCAGGGUUUGGAAAUGGUGACCAGUAUUCCAUGGUGCUGAUUGGAGCCUCAUUCUUCAAUAGCAAAUAUCUUGACCUUUUUCAAAGACAACCUGCGGUAGUCCAUGCUUUGAUAGAUGAAACUCAAAACUGUGAUGAUAUUGUCAUGAAUUUUAUCGUUGCCAAGCACACUGGAAAGACUUCAGGGAUAUUUGUGAAACCGGUAAACAUGGGCAAUCUGGAAAAGGAAACUAACGGUGGCUAUUCUGGAAUGUGGCAUCGAGCUGAACACUUUCUUCAGAGGUCUUACUGUCUAAAUAAGCUUGUUAGUAUCUAUGACGGCAUGCCCUUAAAGUACUCCAACAUUAUGGUUUCCCAGUUUGGUUUUCCAUAUGCCAAUCACAAAAGUAAAAUGUGAAAGGAAAACAAAAACAAACCUGAAAACUGCUUGGUAUUUGUGUAACUUUUUCAUGCUAUGUAUUUUGUUUUGUAAAGCAACAUCAUGAACUUUUAUCUACUCCAGAAGUCUACAGUAGCAAAAAUGAGUAAAUGCUUCUAGGAUAUGAAAUUCACAUUGACUUCAAAAACCAAGAAGCUGGUCUUAUCCAGAUAGACCUUCUUGUGAAGAGUUUUCAUCUAAGGAUAUAAAGCCUUGAUCAGCAAUUUUAUAGUUUACAUCCUAAGACUGUUUUGCAAUGUCUUUGACUCCUGGCAUUUGCCUUAAAGACCUUCUAUAGCAAGGUGUUCCAGGAUCAAACACCUACGGUUGGCUUUUCCACUAAAGGUUCAUUGUUUUAAUGUGAAGCCUGAAAUGCCUCUUUGGCAAAAGCCAUGUGAGGAGGGAAUAGUGUUAAUCCCAUAAAAGCAGAAGGAAAAUUUGUGGUUACCAGUGUUUCCCUCAUGGCCCUUCUAGCUGGCUCUUCAAGGAAUACCAUAGCCAGCAUGGUUUUGAUACAGUCAUCAGUGCUUUUAUUUUGUUGAUCAACCUGUUGUAAUGCGGAGGGAUAAUUUAGUAGCUAAAGGACAUGUAGUUGUUUGCUUGAUUUUUGUGAACAUUUACUGCAUGGAUCCACAUCACAUACACACUCACAAAUGCAACCUAUAUGCAACAAGGAAUAAUAUGUUACUAGAUUCAGACAGUAUAUUUUCUCUCUGAAUCUGACCUUGAGAAUGUACAUUAAUUCUUUAUACUUUACAUAAAGUAUCUGUUGUCUAAGAAACAUGUAUUUAAAAACUUUUCUGAAAGAAUGAUUUAAUUAGACACUGGCAGAAAUUAAAACCCUUAGUAUCAAAAUAGCUUUAUUGUUAGAGCAUAAGGUUAUCUCAUGGACACUAAAGAAUUGUGUGUAUAUUAAACACAAAGUCAAACACU